UGGGGUCCUUGAGCAGGACGCUGUCGGCACGGUUCGCGUUUCAUUACAGUCUCCUUCAGUUCGCCCUCCAACUGGCCAGUCCCACCACAUUGGCUCAGCGCUGGGAAUAAACUCGCUAAGCGUAUUUAAAUACAACCCAAACACCCCCUCUUACAGAUAAAAUGGCUGUUCCCCCAGCAUAUGCUGAUCUUGGCAAAUCUGCCAAAGACAUCUUCAACAAAGGAUAUGGCUUUGGCAUGGUGAAGCUUGAUGUCAAGACAAAAUCAUCCGGUGGAGUGGAAUUCAAGACCUCUGGUUCAUCCAACACCGACACCAACAAAGUGGUGGGCAGCCUUGAAACCAAAUACAAGAGGUCUGAGUACGGUCUGACCUUCACAGAGAAGUGGAAUACUGACAACACCCUGGGCACAGAAAUCACCAUUGAAGACCAGAUUGCAAAAGGCCUGAAGCUGACCUUUGACACAACCUUUUCACCAAACACGGGGAAAAAGAGCGGAAAAGUCAAGACUGCGUACAAACGCGAGUAUGCCAACCUGGGCUGCGACGUUGACUUCGACUUUGCAGGCCCAACCAUCCACGGCGCUGCUGUGGUUGGUUAUGAGGGAUGGCUCGCCGGUUACCAGAUGUCCUUUGACACAGCCAAGUCCAAGAUGACCCAGAACAACUUUGCUGUUGGCUACAAGACUGGCGACUUCCAGCUGCACACUAACGUCAAUGAUGGAUCUGAGUUUGGAGGGUCCAUUUAUCAGAAAGUGAGUGAUAAACUGGAGACGGCUGUGAAUCUGGCCUGGACAGCAGGCAACAACAGUACACGAUUCGGCAUUGCUGCCAAAUAUCAGCUGGACAAAGACGCUACCAUCAGUGCUAAAGUGAGCAAUGCCAGCCUUGUUGGUGUUGGUUAUACUCAGACUCUGAGACCAGGUAUCAAGUUGACUCUGUCUGCCCUUGUUGAUGGAAAGAGCAUCAACGCUGGUGGCCACAAACUGGGCUUGGGCUUGGAGCUGGAGGCCUAAACUUGCUCCUGCUUAACAUCAGGGACAAGGGAAUAUCAGAGAUAUCUGGCCUUAAAUCCAACAGUAACCAGCAGGGAAUUCAGGAUGGGAUGUGUCCAAAGGCUACAUCAACAGCAAUCAUUUACCAAAACCGUUUCAUGGUGUUUCAAUUUGUCCUUUUUGCUCAAAAUGCCCCGAUUGUUUUGUUUGUAGUUGUUCUCUUCAUAGACAUUCACAUUGGGUCAGCUACAAAUCCAUUUUUAUCAUCCGUCUCCAGCACUGCCACAGCAAAGAAGUUGGACAGAGGGCAUCUGUGGCGUCCUGUUGUGUUUUAAUUUCAGUCAGUUUUGGUGGUGUUGGGUUUGUGGCAAAGUACAUGUCUCUCAUUUCAUCAUUUGUAUCUGAUAUUUCCUUAGUCGUCUGAAUGCAACCACUUAACUCUAUUAAAGGUUACACCUGCUAUUAUUUAAAUAAUAUUAUACCGUUUUUCUUUCCGUGCACGACAAGCUCAAGUAAUUUGUUAUUUCUUGACGGCCGUCAAGACUUUAAGAGUAGGUGUUGUAUAUGAAGUCUGCCCUUGAGCUGAGCAGUUUUUGGGUAGCUUUAUUUGGGGUACACUGUAAAAAAGUCAUGUAAAAAAACUAAUAAUGUGGCAGAAAAUUACCAGAACAUUUUAAUUUAUUUUACAGACAUUUAUGUUGUAAUUUAAUGCAGUGCAAAAUGUCAAAAACAGGUAAAACGACUGUAUAAAGAAAUAUGGAAAGUUCCUCCAUAUUACUACAGUAUAUUGUGCCCUACUUUUACUGACUUUUUUUAGUGUACAUGGUCUGUUUGAAAAGUAUGCUGGUGCACCUGAGCUUGCUUGUUUUGUUUUUAAACACCGCGCAGACGACUUCAUGGAUCUGACAGUAAUGGUGGAAUGACUCCUGUGGGUGUGGUAUAAGUUCAUUACCUUUUGCUCCCAGUGUUGCAUAAUGACCCUGAUUCCCCGAGGCCAUACUUACACAAAACCUCAGAGCUCCUUAUGUGUAUGUUUGAACUUUUCAAUAAACAGUUUGAACUCA